AUCAAGACUGGCAAAUCGAAUGCCCGACCGUUACGCACAUAUAAGCAAAGGCCAAAAGUAAGACGGAGACAUUGCCGAUAUCAACAUCAUGGCUGCCGUUCCCCGGGACUUGCGAGAUGCGAAUGGUGUGCGCCGGAGAGAAUCAUCGCCGCGCCCCGAUCGCCAACGCCGGCCAAGACUACUGAGGGCCAGCGCAACGGAGCCAACUAUCACAACAACAUCCAAUGCGAGUCGUGGCGAUAUAUUGAGUCCGCAAUCGUCCCAAAGGGCGACCGAACUGCUCAAUCGGGUGGCCAUUUAUUCGGGCCAGCCCCAUGAAUACUCGCCUACUUCGGACUUAGUACCACCGAUGGCCUCACUCAGCACCGAAGAGAUGGCUGUUCCGACAGCGAACCGUGUACAGGGUCAUCGGGAACACCAUCCUUACUCGAACGGCUAUUUCAGCUUUCCCAACUUUGACGCUUGGGACGGAGAGCAGCGGAGCGAUGACAAAGAAGACGUCUGAGUUGGAUCGGGCCGGGUGGUGAAAGUAUGCCUAAAGACGAGUGAGGCACGAUAGCCAGCAACAACGGACCACGUAAUCCGACAACUCAGUAUGAAGUCAGAGCCGCAUUACGGAGAGAUCAUAUUGCCAACAUGGACCAAAGAGUUGGGCGACGAGGUGGCCAGUCAGCGGUCGAGUGAGCGCUAAUUAGCAUCGGGCACAAAGUGCUUGAUGUAGAGACGGGAUCGACCGGUAAACACAGGACGGAAGAAUU